GUGCGAAAAGUCGGUGUCGCCGAAAACGGCGUAUUGGCCGCUCUCAGGUUUUUCUCUGGUUGUAAGGUGGUUAGAAUUUCGAUAAUUUGCAUCAGAAAUGGCUACAGUUUUACGCGUAAAGAGAAAAAACAGCGUCCUGCCGCAGGAUGCACUUAUCCUUCGUAAACGCUCGAAGUUGGCUGACGACGGCGAUGACGAAGCCGUCUAUUCAGAUUCCGUUCCUACACUUGCCAAAUUUGCUGGCACAGUCAAAGGCCCAGAGGAAAAUGUUUUGCAACAUUUGGCCAAAACUUUGAAUAAAGAAGAGUUAAAGGCUAGUUUCAAACAGCCUCCUUCUGUAAAUUUCUUGGCACAGAGACGCAAACAGACAAGAGAAAAAUCUGCGGAAGACAGAUAUAAAGUUAUCAACCACCAUCGUUCUCUGGAUAUAUCCAAUAUAAAAGAGUUUGAAGAUAAAGUAAUGACAGUUAUAGAUGUAGAGGAUUCAGCUUCUCCGACAGUAAACCAUAAUAUAGCAGCACCUGUAGAGGAAGAAGAAAAGGACAGCGAUUAUGUGUACGAUGUAUAUUACGCAGAGAACUGCAAUUCCAUUGACGAUAGUGUAUCAGUACACUCAUUGACUGAACACGAAAUAGUAUACGAUCAAUCCACCGAUGAUUGCUAUGAAAACGAACAUGAUUCUGAAGAUUCGAAUGCAGAGUCAUAUUAUCAGAAUAGUUAUCCCAAUACUGAUUAUUCAGAUGACGAAUCAGUCAACGAAAACGAUAUGAGAGCCGCCAUAAAAGACAUGGAAAAUUGUCACCUUUCUAGCGAUGACGAGUACGAAAACAAUGGUGACGACGAAAAUGAAGCAUGCUCAUUGGACAUGCGAGAUGUCGAGAUGCACGGGUACAAAUAUGCUAGAUACAAACAGAGAAUGAAGCCAUUACUUGACGGAGACGACGAUGUUGAAGUCAAUGAUCACAACACUGAUAACAGCAAUUCUAGCAGUGACGAAGAGAUAUAUCCCUGGAACAGUAACGGAAGUCUCGUGUACGGUUUUAAUAACUGGAAAAAUGCAUAAAAGUCUGGACUGAUCGUUGUUGUAAACUUGGCUGACUAAAAUAUGUGAUAAAGAUUUUCUUUGAAAAGGAGUGAAGAUUGUCUGGAGAAUUGACAGAAUUUAUGUUUCAAGGAUCUUGCUGUGUGGAUCUGCCUAUUUUUAGAAGAUCUUGUUAAACUUCGCUGAAAUAGUAGUGGGGUAAAUUAAUCUAAUAUUUUAAUCUAAAACUAGUAAAUAGAAUCGGAAGACACAUCAUUCAUCAAUUCAAGUGAUCAUUAUAUCAAAAUGAUUGAUGUGAAAAUGUAAAUAGUAAAGUAAUCCAGUUUCGUAAAUGUACAUAUAAACGAUAUUUUGUCCAUGUAUGAACGUAUAUGCAUCGAUUUCAAUGUAUUGGUUUUUCUUAUACUGCAAAAAGUAUUAUGCCGAUUUCAAAGUUGAUUAUCUCAUUAUAAGGAUUUUACGUGGAUCAUUUUUGUAAGUCAGUUUCGAAAUUUAUCAUCCCGCAAAGUUUCAUUGAAUAUUUUAUAAUAAACAUUCCCAUUCAGUAUACAUCUCAGUC